CCCGGCAGGUACGCGGCGCGCUCCCCCGGCGCCCCCCGCCCCCUGCCGGGACGCCCGGGACCAAGCCCGAGGCCGCGUGGACGGAGAAGCCGCUGGGGGAAAACUUGCCUGGGGUCUCGCCUUGCCCCUAGACACCAUGUCUGACAGUGACCUGGGCGAGGAGGAAGGCCUCCUCUCCCUGGCAGGCAAGAGGAAGCGCAGAGGGAACCUGCCCAAGGAGUCAGUGAAGAUCCUCCGGGACUGGCUGUACCUGCACCGCUACAACGCCUACCCCUCAGAGCAGGAGAAGCUGAGCCUUUCUGGACAGACCAACCUUUCGGUGCUGCAGAUCUGUAACUGGUUCAUCAACGCCCGGCGGCGGCUCCUCCCAGACAUGCUUCGGAAGGAUGGCAAAGACCCCAACCAGUACACCAUUUCCCGCCGCGGGGGCAAGGCCUCCGAUGUGGCCCUCCCCCGAGGCGGCAGCCCCUCCGUGCUGGCUGUGUCUGUACCGGCCCCCACCAACGUGCUGUCCUUGUCCAUGUGUUCCAUGCCGCUCCACUCGGGCCAGGGAGAUAAGCCAGGAGCCGCCUUCCCACAAGGGGAGCUGGAGCCCCCCAAGCCCCUGGUGACCCCUGGUAGCACACUCACCCUGCUGACCAGGGCCGAAGCUGGAAGCCCCACGGGCGGACUCUUCAACACACCCCCGCCCACACCCCCGGAGCAGGACAAGGAGGACUUCAGCGGCUUCCAGCUGCUGGUGGAGGUGGCGCUCCAGAGGGCUGCAGAGAUGGAGCUCCAGAAGCAGCAGAACCCGUCACCUGCCUUGCUGCGCACUCCCAUUGCCUUAGUCCCUGAAAACCCCAAGUAGGCAUCUGCCAGCAGGGGUGCUCAAGGUUCGAGCCCGCUCUCCUGGGUUUCCAUUCUGGUUCCCCUUCCCACAGAGGGUUUUCUUUGGAUCACUGCCAAACAUCAGGAUCAUCUCCUCUGUCCAGAGGUCUUCAGCAGGAAGACACCAGCUGGUGUCACUGCGCUGUGACGGGACCUCUCUGCUGACUCUGCCGUUUCUCUAGGCCUGCUCGGUGACGAGACCAAGACAUGGGAGACAGGCGUGGUGCUGCUGCUGCUGCUGCUGCUGCUUCAGAGAAUCCCCAGGACGCCUUUGUUCCAGCCUGCUUUCCUGGGCUGGGCACGGGAAUCCGGCCUCGUUCAGACCUGUGCUGGGUCCAAGUUGCCCCUGACAGGGCCUCUUUUUGUUAAGCCAAGUAUGGACAUUCCAGGUUCAUAAGUGUGAACAAAAGAAAAGAGGUACUGAUCAGAUGUAACAGAACCGAGUCCAGUUGGAUGUUUAGGUUUUCGCCGAACUUUGUUUAUUUUUCCCUCUUUGCUGUGGUUUGCAUGAACAGGCGUAGUUAAACCCGAUGUGGGGAAUGAGAGUGCAUUGCCUGAUGAGCUGGGACUAGUUCACCACUGCAACUGGGGAUUUUUUUACAAGGAAGGAGUAUUUUCAUUUGGGGGACCAUCUAAAUCUCUGCAAAUUUCCAAAUGGUUGUUUUGUUGUUGGUUUGGUCCCCGCCCCGCCCCCCCCACAAAAAAAAUAGCAGAAACACUUUUAUGGGCUUCGGCUUUUCUGCGUCAUGCACAGAAGGGGAUCAAGCCACACCAGAGGGGGUCCAGCAGAGACUCCGACCAAACCUUCUACGUGCAGAGCAGAGAAGGAGGAUGAAAACAGGUGUU